CAGAGUGUAUGUCGAUCGUGUCAAAUAGUAUCAUUGCUCAAAUCCCGUACGUUUUUUGUUGCUUUAAUGACAAGUUCAGUUGYUGUAGCAUUCUCAAAGCUCUCUCUGUUGUUUGUUUUAAUGGUUUAAGAAAUCAAAAGAAGGGAUCAAGGAAAAGUUUAAGAUGAACACCGUCGCGAAGAGCAUCGUGUCGAACAAGUUGAGUUCUCUUGGACGAAAUAUUGGCUUAGAAGAUGAUAACAAGGACAACAAAGACGACACACCACUUUCCUCGAAGGAACUGAGAAAAAUUCAAGAAAAGGAAGCUGCCGAAAAAGCAAAAAGAGAACAGAAGUAUGCCAAAAGGAACGCAGAAAGAGAAAAAAAGCGAGAAGACAUUCGAGCAAAGUAUGGCCUGCAAAAAGACGACCAAAAAGGACAAUCUCUUUCACGAAAGGGUUCAUCUCCUGCUGAAGAAACAAAAUCUGAAAAGGACGAAGAAAAACAGUGUAGAUUGAUGUAAAUACUUUAGCGUCUUUUGGAUUUAUCUUUCGACUAUGGAUUGACGAGGCCAUCGUCCAUCUUCAUUUAUCAUCCAUUUCUUACAAACUGUUAAAUUUAUGUUAAUUUAUGUAUUUUUUGUAUUAUGAUGAGAUGGUUGCAGUAUUUUUUUCCAAAGCUGCAGCCCUAUCCCCCAUUCUACUUUCUGACCAUCGAAAAUCCAGUCACACAAUGUUGGGCAAGUUGAUUCAACAAUAUUUUCUUUGCAGAGACCUUCCAUAAGUAUUGUCAAGAUAAAAUUAAGUAUAUUAAUUAAGACUGAUCCUCCAUUUUAUAAUUUGGUCUAUAGCUAUUAUUAUAGGUAUUGCUUGAAAGGGACAAGAGCUAGCCUGUGUACAUCCGUUUCUCACCCCUCAAAAAAUCGCCGAAAAAAAAAAAAUCCCCGAUUUUUUGAGGGGUGAG